AUGGACUAUGUGCUCAACUUAAAGAUCUGGAACAAGCCUCAAGGCCUGUCCAUGGAUUCCUUCAGGCAGAGGAGAACCCUGGGCAGCUGUCUCAUCUUCACCUUCCUGCUCCUCCAAGCACUGAAUGCGAUCCUCUUUACCUACUUCUGCGAAUUUGGGAUGACAAACACCACUUCCCCCAGGCCGGAGCUGGAGCCGGAGCCGCAGCCUCUGAGGGACCCCGAGGCCUCCAAUCUCACCAUCCUGCUGUGGUCGUGGCCCUUCAGGGGCCGCUUCCCCAUUGGCAAUUGCUCGCAGCUCCUGGGCAUCCCUGACUGCCGCAUCACGGCUAACCGCAAGUGGUACCCCAAGGCCGACGCGGUGGUCGUCCACCAUUACGACGUUUCCCGGAGCCCUUGGUCCCUCCCCCGUGAGCCGAGGCCCCCCUCCCAGGUCUGGAUCUGGUUCAAUCUGGAGUCGCCCACCCAUUCCCGCAACGUGCACUACAUGGACAACCGCUUCAACCUCACCAUGUCCUACCGGAGGGACUCCGACAUCUUCACCCCGUACGGGUGGUUGGAAGUCCUCCCCGAGCCCCGGCACGUCACGAUCCCGCCCAAGAGCAAGUUGGUGGCCUGGGCCGUGAGCAACUGGAACCCGUCCUCCCGCCGAGUCCAGUACUACCGGCAGCUGAAGAAGUACCUCCACGUGGACAUCUACGGGUUCCAGCGCUUGCCCCUUCCUCGGACCGAGCAGGUCAGCAUCCUGUCCCAGUAUAAGUUCUACUUGGCCUUCGAAAGCUCCGUGCACGAGGACUACAUCACCGAGAAGCUCUGGAAGACGGCCUUGCUGGCGGAGACGGUGCCGGUGGUCUGCGGGCCGCCCCGCGAGAACUACGAGCGCUACUUGCCCCCCGGCUCGUUCAUCCACAUCGACGACUUCCCCACCGCGCAGCAGCUGGCCCUCUUCUUGCAGGAGCUGGAUUGGAACACGGAGCGCUACAAGAGUUACUUCCAGUGGCGCUCGCGGCUGGCCCCCGUCAAAAACACGUCUUGGUCCCUUCACUUGUGCAAGGCCUGCCGGGCCUUGCAGACGAACCCCGUCCGCUACCAGACGGUGCCGGCUUUGAGCAAGUGGUUCGAGUGA